GAGUGCAGGUGAACAGACCCCACCCACGUCCACACGCACAUUAAACUGAGAAAACUGGAGUCACAGGCAGGGGUGUGACACAACUCACCUUGCUCCUUACAUUUUUGUGGCACUAUAUAAACUGAUGCAGAUUACUUCUGUCAAUAGUGUGCAUCAGAACAGUCAUGGGUUUCCUGCUGCUGCUUUGUGGCACGCUGCUUCUCCUCAGCUGCCCAUGUAAGACCAUGUGGGCAGGGAAGGAGUUUGCACUCUGUUUUAUGCAGAAUUAUCGACCACACUAUGACACUCCGAGCUUCCAACUGCACAUCACUGCUGUUCAGACUGACACUACAGUCACUGUGGACGUGCCAUCUUUAAAGUUCAGAGAAAAGAGGGACCUAAAGGCUGGGAAGGGGGUCACCAUCUCCCUGCCCAAUAAAGUAGAGCUGUACGGCACUGGGAAGUCAUCCAAUACAGUGCGCGUUGAAGCUUCUGCACUUAUCAGUGUAACCUCCUCCAGCAACAAGCGCUACACCACUGACACCACUGUGAUCCUGCCUACCACUGAAUGGGACACUGAAUAUUUCAUAUUUACUCCAAAUGGAUCUCCUUAUGGCACAUAUAAAGAGUUUGCAGUGACAAAUGGUAAUGAGCCCAACAGUGUAGAAAUCAGUCUGACUGGUCCUCUUCGCUACCAGGGGCGUAUGUACAGGUCUGGUAGCCGAUUACAACUAGAUCUUCAGCCAUUUGAGAGCGUGCAAUUUCAGAGCCUGUUCGCCCUCUCCGGUACCCAAAUUACCGCCACAAAACCAGUCGCCGUGUUCUCAGGUCACUCUUGCACCUGGCGCUUCUCCAGAUGUAACCAUGUCUGUGAGCAGCUCCUGCCAGUUAGCAAAUGGGGUACCAACUUUCUUGUACCCCCGCUGAGCUUCCAAAAGAAAUUUGACAGCGUCUUUAUCCAGGCAUCACAGAGCACUCGUAUCACUGUCCAAACUGACAAAAAGGAUGUUUUUAGUUUGAGUAAGGGAGGGAUUAAGGAAAUCUCCUACCACGACCCCACAACACUUGCCAUAGAAGCUGACCAUGCCAUCCAAGUUCUCCUGCUCUUCAAUGGUGUUCCUUUAGGGGAAAACCAAUUCUAUGAUCCAUUUUUGAUGAACGUAGUGCCCACAAAUCUCUUCUGUUCCUCAUAUGCACUGCAGGGUCUGAAUGAAUUUGAUAACCAGGCUUUAAUUGUGGCUAAAACAGAUCAAAUGUUAGAUGUUAAAGUUGAUGGAGUGGUGCCCAGAGAUGUUCAGUGGAGAAGAAUUGAAGGGACAGAUUAUUCAUGGGCAAAAAUAUCCUACAAACUGACUCGAGAUGGUGCCGGCCCCACAGUUUCAAGCAGCGGCCCCUCCUUUGGUCUGUACAGCAUCGGGGUAAGCCAGAUGAACGGAUACGGUGCACCAGGACAAUGCAUCAAAUUAGGUUCUUCUGGAGAGAUGUCUGAUGAAUGUACAUCUUGCCACAAUGACGAUCAUGUGUCCACAAAACCAGGCACCUGCUGGGCAAUGGGGGAUCCACAUUAUUGCACAUUUGAUGGACGACACUUUAACUUUAUGGGCACUUGCACAUAUGUCAUGGCUAAAAGCACUGAAGUGCACAACAAUCUCCCAGAAUUUGAGGUUCUUUCUCAAAAUGAAAACCGAGGCAACCCCAGAGUGUCCUAUGUUGCCCUGGUCAUAGUCAAAGUCUAUGGCAUAACUAUAAUUGUGGCCCGCUCUGAAACUGGUUAUGUCAGGAUUGAUGAGACACGUUGGGCACUGCCUGUCACACUGAACAACAACAAACUGGUCCUAUUUCAGAGUGGUCGAUCUGUGGUCCUUGAGACAGCUUUUGGUCUGACUGUCCGUUAUGACUGGGAUAGCUCUCUAGUGAUCUCCCUGUCUGAAUCUUACAGUGGCAAAACUUCUGGCCUUUGUGGAAACUUCAAUGGAAACCCCAAUGAUGACUUUAGCACUCCCUCAGGCAAGCAGGUAGAGGGCGCUGUUGCAUUCGGCAGGAACUGGAAGGUGCCUGGAUUAGUUGAAGGUGCUUUGUGCAGGGAUGACUGUGUGGGCCAGUGUGAGAGAUGUGAGCACAGUCUAAUGAAGAGAUGGGAGGGAGAUGUGUUCUGUGGGGCAAUCACAAUGGUCUUAAAUGGACCAUUCAGUAAAUGCCAUAGAGUCGUUGACCCACAAGCCUACUUUGAAAACUGUAAAUAUGACAUCUGCAUGGGAGGGGGUCUGCGACGUUUCCUCUGCAAAGCUCUGGAAGACUAUGCUGAUGCCUGUCAAAGUGCAGGAAUUGAGCUCAACGACUGGAGAAAAAUAUCCAAAUGCCCUGCCAAGUGUCCAGCUAACAGCCACUAUGAGCCCUGUGGCAGCGCCUGCCCUGCCACCUGCUCUGACCCCGACGCGCCCACCAAAUGCAAACGCCCCUGUAUAGAGACCUGCUCAUGCAACAAGGACUUUGUGUGGAGCGGAAACAAAUGUGUCCCAGUCAAAAAAUGUGGCUGCACCUACAACGGGCGAUAUGUUCCUCCUGGGGAAUCAUUUUGGGCGGAUAAGGAUUGUCAAAAGCGGUGCCAAUGUGAUCCCAAAAGCCAUGAAGUGGAGUGCAAAGAGACAGGAUGUAGGAACGGAGAGCAGUGCAAAGUUGUAGAUGGCAUCAGAAAGUGUGCAGCUGUUUCUGAAAAAACAUGUCAGGCCACAGGUGACCCCCAUUAUAAGACCUUUGAUGGGAGGAGGUUCAAUUUCCAAGGUACCUGCGUGUACCAGCUAGCUGCCCUGUGCUCUAACGAUCCAGAGUUGGUCCCAUUUGAAGUUAUAGUGCAGAAUGACAACAGAGGCAGUAAAGUUGUUUCCUACACCAAAUUAGUUGAAGUCAAGGUCUACUCCCUUAGUAUUGUCAUUACAAGAACUCAUAAAGGACUUAUCAUGGUAAAUAAUGAAUUGGUAAACCUCCCUAUCAGUCUUCACGAUGGAGAAGUGAGUGUGUACAAAAGUGGGUGGUACGCCGUUGUUCACACGAACUUUGGACUAAAGGUUACAUUCAACUGGGAAAGUGCUGUUUUUGUAACCCUGCCCAGUACCUACAUGGGUGCGGUGUGUGGCCUAUGUGGCAACUACAACGGUAAAACAGAUGACGACCUUAUUCCUAAAAAUGGUCACAGUCCUGUUGAACCAGAAGCCUUUGGUGCGAGCUGGAGAGUGGCGGAGAUACCAGGAUGUGUGGAGGGGUGUAAAGGGAAGUGUCCUGAUUGUGACACAACUGAGAUGGCCAAAUAUGAGAAAAAUGAUUUUUGUGGCAUCAUUAGAGAUCCCAAGGGUCCUUUCCGCGACUGCCAUGCUAAAGUAGACCCUGCUGGCCAUUUUGAAGACUGUUUUGAUGUCUGCCUCUACAAUGGAAGAAAAGAUGUGCUGUGUCAGUCUAUCACAGAUUACACUUCUGCCUGUCAAAAAGCAGGAGCCAAGGUGUACAACUGGCGCACCAGUGAAUUCUGUGCUCUCAAAUGCCCAGUCAACAGUCACUAUGACAUCUGUACUGUUUCUUGGCCCGCUACCUGCCAAACCUACCUGAACAUGAUCCCCCGGGACCUCCUGGAAGGGUGUGAGGAGGGCUGCAGCUGUGAUGAGGGACACAUCCUCAGCGGAGACCUCUGUGUGCCAGUCUCACAGUGCGGCUGUGUUUUUCUAGACCGCUACUACCGCCUUGGCCAAGUAUUUUACCCCAGCGGACAAUGUGAGGAAGAAUGCAAAUGUGGACAAGAUGGACAGGUUGAAUGUAAAAAGUUCUCUUGUGGUCCUAAUGAAAAGUGUGCAAUAGAGAAUGGAGUCCAAAAGUGUCACCCAGUUGGGAAAGGAGUGUGCCAUGCCUCUGGUGAUCCCCAUUACUCCUCUUUUGAUGGAAGGAAAUUUGACUUCCAAGGAACCUGCACCUACACCCUGUCCCAGAGCUGUGGCCUGGAGGGCACUCACCUCACGCCCUUCUCCAUCCAGGUGGAGAAUGUGGAGUGGAACAAUAACAGGAGAGUGUCCGUCACAAAGCUUGUGGCUGUGAGAGUUUAUAACACAACGUUCAUCAUGAGAAAAAACAUGUUUGGAGUUCUGGUGAAUGAAAUCUUCCACUAUCUUCCAUUAAAUAUAAUGGAGGGUGCAGUACUGAUCUACCAGGAGGGGACUCAUUAUGUGAUUGAGACAGAUUUCGGGCUGCGAGUCACCUAUGACCUCAUCUAUCAUGUUAUUGUGACAGUGCCUGGCAAUUACCGCAAUAAGGUCUGUGGCCUGUGUGGCAACUUCAACGGUGAUCCCAAAGAUGACUUUCAGAUGCCUAACAAACAACUCACUAACAAUAUCAACAACUUUGGGCUAUCAUGGAAAGUCACUAUUCCAAAUGUUGUGUGUUCAAAUGGCUGUGAAGGAGACACCUGUCCCAACUGUGACAGCGCUCGUAAGGCUGUGUUCUCCAAGCCCACCUACUGUGGCAUAAUCACAGACCCCAAAGGUCCUUUUGCUGAGUGCCACAGUAAACUGGACCCACAGCCAUACUUUGAUGACUGUGUCUUUGAUGUGUGUGUGUCUAAUGGAGAAGGAAAGGUGCUCUGUGACAGUGUAGCUGCCUACACCUUUAACUGUCACAUGGCAGGAGUGGAUGUGAAAAACUGGAGGUCCCCUUCCUUCUGUCCUAUGAAGUGCCCGGCUAACAGCCACUAUGAGAUGUGUGCACACUCCUGCUCUACAGCCUGUUCUGGCCUCACAGAAAUAGUGCAGUGUCCCACCAGCUGUGCAGAGGGCUGUCAAUGUGACACAGGUUUCCUGUUUAAUGGACAAACAUGUGUCAAAGAGACCGAGUGUGGCUGCUACGACCAGGGAAAAACCUACAAGCCGGGUGAACUUGUUUACAAUGAAGACUGUACAAGAAAGUGUAUGUGUAAUCCAGCUAAAGGUUUGGUUUGUGAAAACCACUCAUGUCCUCAAGGCACCAAAUGCACAGUGAAGGAAGGCAUUCAGGGAUGCUACUACACAGAUCCCUGCAAAAAUGUAAAGUGCCGGGUUAAAGAAAAGUGCCUAGUUGAAAAGGGUGAAGCUGUGUGUGUGCCUGAGUACACUGGCAUCUGCUGGGCCUGGGGUGAUCCACACUAUCACACCUUUGAUAACUAUAACUUUGACUUCCAAGGCACCUGCAGAUAUGUCAUCUCAAAGACAUGUGGGGACUUGGAUGGUCUAGUGCCCUUCUCAAUCACAGAGAAAAAUGACAACAGAGGAAACAGAGCAGUUUCCUAUGUCAGAGAUGUGGAAUUGUCUGUGUAUGGAUAUAGGAUCAAUGUUGGGAAGAACCAAGUUGGCAAAGUCACUGUGGAUGGAGAGCUUCUAAAUUUGCCCUUGGUUUUGGAUGUGGAGGGCAAAGUGGUGUCUCUUGUUCAAAUGGGACAUUGGAUCAAAAUCAAGACUGACUUCGGCCUCAUUGUCACCUAUGACUGGAACUGGGAGCUUGUGAUCAGGCUUCCAAGUUCAUACUACAACCUGGUCUGUGGUCUGUGUGGCAACUUUAAUGGCAACGCCCGCGAUGAGCUUCGAAAUCCAGCCGGCAAAUCUGUGCCCUCUAUCAUCGAGUGGGGCAAAAGCUGGCAAACCCCUGAGCAAGACACUCCAUGCUGGGACACUUGUGACCAUAACUGUCCAACUUGUGAUGGCGACCAACGUAAGCUGUAUGAGACUGAAGCCUUGUGUGGAGCUCUCACCUCCAGAACUGAGAAUGUGUUUCAGAAGUGUCAUGAUGUAGUGGACCCAGGUGCCUUCAUGAACAGCUGUGUGUAUGACAUGUGUUUCAACAAAGGAGACAAGAAGCUGCUCUGUCAGGCUAUGGCCUCCUACAGUCAGCGUUGUCGUGAGGAGGGAGUCAUUAUCAAAGGCUGGAGGCAGAAGUUUGGCUGUCCAAUGAACUGUCAGCGCCACAGCCACUUUGAAGAAUGUGCCAGCCCGUGCCAGCCAUCAUGCCCCUUCCCAGAACAACAGGAGAAAUGCAUUGGCGCUUGUUUAGAGACAUGCGUGUGUGAUAAGGGCUACGUUCUGAGUGCUGGGGUCUGUGUGCCUGCUAAAACCUGCGGCUGCUCAUAUCAGGGUCGCUACUACAAACCCGGCCAACGGUUUUGGGAGGGCCAGGCUUGUGGGCGCCUCUGUGAGUGUGAUACAACUCUGGGGAUGGUGAUAUGCAAAGAGGCAUCCUGUGCUGCCAAUGAGAAGUGCACAGUUGUGGACGGGGUCCGUGCCUGUCGGCCCACCAGCCACGCCACAUGCACAGCCUCAGGGGACCCCCACUACCGCACUUUUGAUGGUCGCAGAUUUGAUUUCCAGGGUACAUGUGUGUAUCAGCUGGUAGCUCUGUGCUCUGAGAAGCCUGGUCUGGUGCCAUUUAAAGUGACUGUAGAGAAUGAACACAGGGGGAACAACAAGGCAGUGUCCUUCACCAAAACUGUCACCCUAAGUAUUUAUGGCACCACUCUCACCAUCAGCAGAGACUACCCCAACAAAAUCCUGCUUAAUGGACAGCUCGAGUCUCUGCCCCUGGAGUACAGUGAUGAUCUGCUGGUGUUUCACAGUGGCCGCACAGCCGUGGUGGAGACCGCUGCGGGCAUCACUCUGACCUUUGACUGGCUCAGCACUGUCUCUGUGACUCUGCCCGGCAACUACCAGGGCGCCGUGUGCGGUCUGUGCGGCAACUACAAUGGACGAGCAGAGGAUGAUCUGACCAUGCGCGAUGGCCAGGCUGCUGCUGAUGGAGUCAAGCUGGGCGAAAGCUGGCAGGUGGCCCUUGUUCCAGGCUGUUCAUCAGUCUGCCAGGGGCCAUGGUGCCACGCUUGUACAGACUCCCAGAGAGAAGUGUAUAGAGCACAGAAAUACUGUGGCAUUAUUACAGACAAAGCGGGCCCUUUCAAAGAGUGUCACAAUCGGGUUGAUCCUGUCCCGUAUCUGGAAGACUGCGUGUUUGAUGCCUGUCAUUAUAAUGGGCACCAUGGCACACUAUGUGAUGCUAUAAGUGCAUAUGUCUUUGCCUGUCAACGCUCUGGAGUAGCUGUCCGCUCUUGGAGAACAGAGACUUUCUGUCCGAUGCAGUGCCCUGCUAAUAGCCAUUACACCCUCUGUGCCACGGGCUGCCCAGCCACCUGUGCCAGCUUAACCUCUAUGAACUGCAACAGGCCCUGUACAGAAACGUGUGAAUGUGAUGAGGGCUUCCUGCGGAGUGGGGAUGUGUGUGUGCCUGUUAAAGACUGUGGCUGCUCCUAUGAUGGACACUAUUACAGGAAAGGGGACGUCUUCUACCCAGAGAACGAGUGUGUGGAGAGGUGCUCCUGUGGAGACAACGGAGCAGUUUCAUGUGAAAAAGCCAAAUGCCACCCUGGUGAAGUCUGUAGACUGGUGAAUGGUGUGAAAGGCUGCCACCCUGAGGGCCAGGCCACGUGUGUGGCUUCUGGUGACCCACAUUACAUUUCCUUUGAUGGGCACAGGUUUGAUUUUCAGGGUACCUGCGUUUAUGUUCUGGCCAAGGUUUGUGAUGAUGACAAAGGCCAGCUGACGCCAUUCACUGUAACCCAAGGAAAUGAGAAGUAUGGGAAUAGAAACGUGGCUGUGACAAAGUCGGUCGCAGUGUCAGUCUAUGGUUUUGUCAUCUACAUUCAACAGGGAGUCUCAUGGAAAGUUAUUGUGGAUGAUGAACUUAUCAACCUGCCCCUGUCCUUAAAUGAUGGCCGUAUACAAAUCACUCAAGAAGGCAGUAACAUUAUCGUUAGAACUGACUUUGGGUUGACCGUUCUCUAUGACACAGUCUAUUAUGUUGAAGUCAUUGUGCCCUCUACAUACAUGGGAAAGAUGUGUGGGCUUUGUGGCAACUACAACAAAAACUCCAAAGAUGACUUCAUGCUCCCAGGUGGCAGAGUGAACAAUGAUGUCGAUGAAUUUGGGAAGUCUUGGGUGGUGGAUCUUCCUGGAUUCCUGUGUGGAGGGUGUGGUAGUCAGUGUCCAGUCUGUGAUGAGGCCAAAGCAGUUUUAUUUGGAAAGCCAAACUCCUGUGGUAUCAUAAGUGCGCCUAAUGGGCCUUUUAAAGCCUGCCACAGCAAAAUUGAUCCAGCGACUUACGUCUCUCACUGUGUCUUUGAUGUCUGUGCGAUGGAUGGCAACAAGGGUACUCUGUGCAACAGUGUCCUGGCAUACGCCCUGGCCUGUCAGAGUGCUGGGGUCCAAAUCCAGUCAUGGAGAACAGACUCCUUCUGCCCUGGUUUGUGCCCAGAGAACAGUCACUAUGAGCUGUGUGCUGACACGUGUGGAUUUAACUGUGCUAAUCUAAUGCACCCAGUCUCCUGUUCAAAGGCCUGCUUUGAAGGCUGCCAGUGUGACCAUGGCUUUGUUUUUGAUGGGAUUCAGUGUGUUUCCAUGGAGAACUGUGGAUGUGAACACAACGGCAGAUAUCUAAUGAUUGGUGAAACAGUGGUGGAUCGACACUGUAAGUCCAAAUGUGAAUGCCAGACAUCUGGGACAAUGAGAUGUGAAAGCCUGACCUGUGACAGCAGCAAAGUUUGUGAAGUUCGAAACGGUGUCCGAGACUGCCAUAUGAAACAAGGCCAGUGUACCAUAGACCGGACCGGUGACCUCUCCUCGUUUGACGGCAUGACUGGACCCAUGGAUGUUCUGGGGGCCUUCGAGGUGGCCUCUUUGUGUGACGUCAGUUCACCGUUCUGGUUCAGGGUGGUGGUGGACGUUUGGAACUGCAAGAUGGGCAUUCAUUCUGUGGACACAGUUUAUGUCUUCUUCGCUAAUGCCUCUAUUGCAGUGAAUAGAAAACAUGAGACCUGGCUAAACGGCAGGAAAGUGUCUCUUCCUCUAAAAGUGGGCUGUGAUAUCUCCGUGCACAUCUCAGACCGGAAUGUUGUUAUCGAGAGGGCGUCGGCUGUUCGGGUCACAUACUCCAUCCCACAGGAGGUCACUGUAAUUGUGGACACCAGCCUCUCUUAUAAAAUGUGCGGCGCCUGUGGUAACUACAAUCACAACUCCAAAGAUGACAUGACAACGGCAGAUGGAAAAAUCGUUUCGGAUGUGUCUGCGGUCAUGAGCUCCUGGCGUGCGGGCGAUUUUUCAAGCUGUGCCCAACCUGCACAUAAUGAAAAUAUUUAGUUCUGAGGGUAAAGAGCCAUAUUAGAAGGGAAAAAAAAAAAAACGCUAUGGGAAAACUUUACAUCCAUGCAGCCUACUAUCUUCAUUCACUUUUGUUAUGGGUAUAUUAUACUGUUUCUCCUGGCUUAUUUUGGACCAACAGCUCCAUCUUGUGGUGAGGGGAAGUAUUAACCACAUUCUUGGCGGACCAGUCCGUCCUUAUCAGUCUAUCUAUAUACAUGUUUUACAUUUUUCUUUUGCUGGCUAAU